UGGGGAAUUGCCUACAAAAUAAGGGAGGAAGAUAAGCAGACAGCUUUGGAGUAUCUAGAAGUCAGAGAGAAGCAGUAUGAUGAGAAGGUUUACCUUGACUUGUAUACAGAUUCAUCGCCCAAAGUACCAGCAGUAGCAAAUGUGAUGGUAUACUUCGCCACAACGAAUAAGGAGAGCAACAAAAACUAUCUUGGUCCUGCACCUCUGGAAGAAAUGACCAGGCAAAUUUACCUUGCUGAAGGCCCAUCUGGACCUAACAAAGAGUAUCUGUUCAAACUUGAGGAUGCCUUAAACAAACUAGGAGUUGUAGACCCACAUGUCCAGGAACUGGCGAAUGCUGUGCGUGAGUAUUCUGACGCCAAAUUGUCUGAGUGAAUAACUGAAUAACAGCAUUUCCCCCUUCUUUCAGGGGUAAAGAUUUCCAAAGAAAGUUAGAAUUCAUUCAUGCCCAAACAUUGCUAUAAUCUUGUGUAAAUAAGCUGCUUUUUAAUAUGGCUGUCUUGUGAUUAUAUUCCUGUGGCAUCCUGUUCAUCCAUGAAUGGUAUUUUGAAAACUUACUUUAGAGAUUUA